CUCCCCGGCGAAAAUGGCGGCUCCCUUAACUCUCGUACUGAUUGUGGCUGUGACUAUCAGGGCUGUGCUCUUCAGCUCGAGUUUAGCGGAGCCUCUGAUGGAGAGGGUGGAGGUGGUGUCACCGCUGAACGCCUGGAAAAGAGUUGUGGAGGGCCUGGCUCUGCUCGACUUGGGAGCGUCCCCAUAUUCCGGGGACGUGUUUCACGAAACACCACUCAUCAUAUACCUCUUUCACUUCGUUAUUGAUUAUGCAGAUAUUGUGUUCAUGAUUGCAGAUGGAAUCACCGCUGUGGCACUCUACUUAGCUGUGCAAGACUAUAACAAAACUGUGUUCAGGAAGCAGAAGUAUGCCCUGGAAGCUGACCGCUAUCCCCACGACUGCCUGGAGCUUAUCCGCACCCCUAAAGAGAUGUACUACAUCCCUCUUAAAGUGGCUUUGUUCUAUUUGCUGAACCCCUUCACUAUUUUCUCCUGUGUGGCCAAGUCGACGUGUGGCCUCAACAAUGCUGUCAUCGCACUCUUCAUCCUAAGUACAAUUAAAGGAAGUGCCUUCUUGAGUGCAGUUUUCUUGGCCUUAGCAACAUAUCAGUCCAUCUACCCUCUCACUCUGUUUGCCCCAGCUCUGCUGUUCCUCCUGCAGAGGCUCUACAUCCCUGUCAAUUUCUACCGACCAAGCUUCUGGCUCUUCACACUGCAGUAUGCAGUGAUGUACCUGGGCAGCCUGUGCGUCAUCGUCUGCCUCUCUUUCUUCCUGCUCAGCUCCUGGGACUUCAUCCCCUCUGUGUAUGGAUUCAUCCUGUCAGUCCCAGACCUCACUCCCAACAUCGGUCUUUUCUGGUACUUCUUUGCCGAGAUGUUCGAACAUUUUCGCUUCUUCUUCAUCUGUGUCUUCCAGAUCAAUGUGUUCUUCUACACCAUACCACUCUCCAUCAAGCUGAAGGAGCACCCUGUCUUCCUCAUAUUCAUGCAGAUUGCCAUCAUCUCCAUAUUUAAAUCCUACCCAACCGUGGGAGACAUUAGCCUCUACAUGGCCUUUCUACCAGUCUGGAGUCACCUUUAUAGAUUCCUGAGGAAUAUCUUUCUAGUGUCCUGCGUCAUGCUGGCAUGUUCUGCACUCUUUCCCGUCCUCUGGCACCUGUGGAUCUAUGCCGGUAGUGCCAACUCCAACUUCUACUACGCCAUCACUCUGCUCUUCAAUGUGGGACAGAUCCUGCUGGUGUCAGACUACUUCUACGCCUUCUUGCGAAGGGAGCACCACCUGACACAUGGCCUGUACCUGAAAAGAAAGGAUGGAAGUGAAGCCACACUGGUGCUCAAGUAGACUUCCUUUUUAUAGCAGGGCUGGGUCAGGCACAUUGGAGGGGCUUGCACGUUUGUUGCAAAGCUUCAUCACAGUUUUGUGUGUCUUUUUUUUUUUUUUAAACCUUCUCAAUGUUUCAUGGACACACCCACUUUUGGACCAAAGUUUCAGUGAUGCAGAAGGAACUUGCCUGUGCAGAGCGAUCCUGACAAGAUCAAGAGACUCGUUGGACGUGGCUGCCCUUGUCACGUUGCUUGCUCACAUAGUGUGAAGUGGUUCUCCUGGGGCUGCUCCUGUGCUUGUCUUUCUCAGUGACUUCAUUUCUAGGUUUCUGCUUUUAUUUCUGUACAGACUGAAUGGUAUUCCCAUUCAGAAAUGAGCAGCUUCGCAUCUUUUGAAGUACGUAUACGAUACUGCUGCAUUUUUGGAUUUAUCCACCAGAGGGCAACACUUUUUUUUUUUUUUUUUUUCCAAAUAUUAAACAUCAAAUUAUGCAAAAACAUUGGCAAAUGUAUUUGUUGCCAGUGUGAAGAUGCAUUUGGCCUGUCUGCGUGUUGAAGCUAUGGGAAAGCUCUCCUAUAUUUUUAUUUUCAAUGAGUUACUUUAAAGAGUAACUCAUUCUGUCUGUAACCUUUUUUUUUUUUUUCUUAACCUGUCAUUUUCUUUACAUACCUAUAUGUAGAUUGCCUGCGAAUAAGGGAUUCUUAUGUGUGUAUGUAUUUAUUUACUCCAUCUCCCAAGGUGGGAGAUAUAUUUUAACCUUUUGCCUUGAAAGGAUUUCAAGUAUUGUGAACAAACUAAUCAAUUAUGAAUAACACUUUGUGGGAUGGGACUAACCCAAUCUAUGGAACAGUGUGUGUGUGUGUGUGUGUGUGUGUGUGUGUGUGUGUGUGAGAGAGAGAAUAGGAAUAAUGGAAAGUGUUAGUGGUCUAAUGGAAAAUAUCAGUUUACAUUUAAUAUUUGUGUGUUUUAUUCCAAACCAUUGUAACACAGAUCCAAGAGCCAGGGCCACAACUCUUCAAACUGAUUAUCUGAUCAACUAUAAAUAACAUGUUGGCUUUCCCUCCCUUUCCUGGCUUGACACUACAUUUCCUGAAAUAUGAUCUCUUGCACUGAGGUGUAGUUCUCAGAGGAUCACAUUUCAAAUGAGUAUACACUGUCUGUGUACUGCUGUCUCCAAGGUAAAUCAGGACCGCUGGAAACAUUAGAUGGGAGAGCUUCAGCUGUUGGGGCUGUUUCCCAUUGUUGUUAUGCAUGGAAACUGAAUUACAACUGUAGUUCCAUUCUUUAGCAGAGCCAGCUGACCAUUUGGCAUCUCGUUUCCAGCUGAUUUGAUUUAUGGUACAAUAAGGAAGGCACACUUUUAAAUAUGACAACUGUAUGUUACUGUUUGUUGCCUUCACGUGUUAUACAUGGUUCCUGUCCAUACCUUCAGCUUACCUUUUAAAAAAAAAAAUAAAAAAUACCCAUACAUGCUGCCCUAUGUACUGUUCCAUAAAAAGGAAGUUCAGUAAUCCUACCAUUUUGCAGUCUUGUGGUAGGCAACAGAAUCUACAGUAAAUGUAUCCCUCAUGUUUGCUGUCUGAUGUUUUAUAUUGGACGGAUGAAGUAUGUGUAGCUUUGAGUAUUCAGAUGUCUUAUAUUGAGAAGCUCAAUUUUAAUAUGUUCUAUAUCAAUACAUUAUGAUUACUAUGUUUGAUGUUAAAACCAACACCACCCUGCUUAAAAGGGAAAAACCUUUUGGUACUUUACUAACAAUUGUCAAAUCUGAAAACACACUGGUGAAUAUUAAAACAUAUAUUUACUGUAUACCAUUUUGAUUGAUAAUUGUAACUUAUUUACGUUCAAAACACAUAUCCUUCUGAAUAUUACACAUUUACAAACAAGGUCGAUAAACUUUUCCUGGGAUUGAACCAUGGAUGCAAUCUCAUGUAAGGAAGUGCAGAGUUGAAAGUUUUUACCCAUAUUCUAAUCCAAACUAAUAAAGACAAAGCAUUACUGGAGUCCUAAUGUUAACCAUUAGCAGAACUGUGUAUGUUUGAUUAUAUGUUUAAUUUUACUUUCAUUUUUUUCCUUUUGUUUGUCUUUGUGAAAAAUUGAGCCAUUGGGAAAGU